CAACACGACACAAAACAACGUCGUAUUCGGAGGUCAUCCCGACCUUUUCUCGCUGCGCCCCCGAUCCUUUGAGCCUUGUCGAGUCGACACGGUGCUCCGACCGGGGCUGCUACUGCGACAGCCCCCGUACGUUCCGUAUAUCAGUGCGGCCGUCCCACCGCUGCCCCGUCGUCGCCGGUUCUUGGCGAGCGCACACCGACAUCAUCAUCACCACCGCAACACAUAGCAGAAAACUAUAGUACAACGCCUCACUGCGAUGGUCGCCUUUGAUUCCCUCCGGCAGUCAUGGGCGCUGGUGCGGAAAAACCUAAUCAUCAACCUCCGCCGGCACUUCGUGUCAACCCUAUACCGCGCUUUCGUCCUGCCCGUUAUCUUUGUCGCCUUCCUCUCGUUCUCACGGAACCUCCUGGUUCCGCCGUCGACAUAUGGCAUCGGAAGUCCGGCCGCCGUCAGGGAUCUGGGCGAUGCGCUCGCCGCUAAGCCGAAUACGAAGCUACUGUUCGUGAACAAUGCGCUCGGGGGAGAGGUGGACACUAUCAUCGCCACAAUGGAGGAGGAGCUGAAGUCCAGGGGGACGGUGAUGGUGAUCGAGAACGAGAUUGCACUCAGGACCGAGUGCAAACAGAGCUUGCGGGGUGUGUCGCGCUGUUUUGCCGCCAUCGUGUUCGAGAGCAGCCCCAAUACCGGCGAAGGCGGCAACUGGAAGUAUACCGUUAGAGGCGACAUCUCCUUCAACGACGGGAGAGUCAAUGUGGAUGAUCACGACAGUGCUGUUCAAGAGGUCUUGGUGCCGAUUCAGUUAGCCGUCGAUCGUGCUAUUGCGAAGCAGGAGGGAAGGACGGACGUCGAUUCCAUUCGGGUCUCGGAGUACAUGUACACUUCGCUCAACCAGGAUGAGUUUGACGCGAAGCUCAGGGCCAGGUUCUCUGCUGCCGUCAUCAACUAUCUCUCUGCUGCCUAUCUUAUUGGUAUGAUCGGCAUAGUGUACCACCUCACCGGUUUUCAAGCGAUGGAGCGUGAGAAGGGACUGUCGACUCUGAUCGAGGCCAUGGGAGGAUCCAAGUUCGCACGCAUGGUGUCCUACCAUAUCUCCUUUUCGCUCAUCUAUAUUGCCGGUUGGAUAGUUAUGGCCCUCAACCUGUGGGGAGGAAUCUUCAACAGCUCGUCCGUCGUCAUCAUCAUUAUUUGGCUCAUAACAUCCGGAUGGGCCUUGGCUUCGUGGGCAUUGUUUCUGGGUGCCUUCUUCAAGAAGGCGCAACUCAGCGGUAUCUCGGCCACCGUCUUCUCCCUGAUCCUUGGCAUCAUCGCACAGGUCUCCAAGGAUGCGUCGACCGGAACCUUUGCGGUAUUGGGCUUCCUUUUCCCGCCUAUGACCUACGUCUUCCACGCCAUUAGUCUGGGCCGUUGGGAAAGUAAACAAAUUGGCGCGAAUGUUCUCGACGGUCCCCCUAGUAGCACGUCUCAACUUCCGAUCGUUGCGUAUUGGAUCUUUUCCAUCGUCCAGGCUCUGGUGUAUCCGAUUCUGGCCGCAUAUGUCGAACGCUAUCUGUUCAGCACCACUUCUUCGGGCCACCGUCACUUCAGCCAUCAGCUCACCGACAACAACGCGCUCGAGAUCCGUGGCUUCACCAAGCGGUACCCUCCUCGUCUAUUGACGAAAUGGUUCGGCCGCCCGGAGAGCAAGGAAUCCGUGAUCGCAGUCAACGACUUGAACCUCAGCGUCGUAACAGGACAGAUCUUGGUUCUCCUGGGUGCCAAUGGCUCCGGAAAGACGACUACUCUGGAGGCAGUGGCUGGUUUGGGUAGUGUCAAAGAGGGCGAGAUCAACAUCGCGGCUGGCGACAGGGCGAUCGGAAUCUGUCCCCAGAAGAACGUCUUGUGGGACGACAUGACCGUGGAUGAACACGUCCGAAUCUGGAACUUGAUAAAGUGUCGUGGCGACGAUCAGGAAACCUUGCGAAAACUCAUCGACGAGUGUGAUCUUACCCGGAAGAGACAUACCAAGAGCAAGGCUCUCUCCGGAGGGCAAAAGCGGAAGCUGCAACUUGCGGCGAUGUUUACCGGUGGCAGUACGGUUUGUGCGAUCGACGAAGUGUCUUCCGGUCUGGAUCCACUGUCCAGACGGAAGAUUUGGGAUAUCGUUCUUGCGGCCAGAGGGUUCCGGACCAUCAUCAUGACAUCUCACUUCUUGGAUGAGGCUGAUCUCCUGGCCGAUCACAUUGCUAUCCUGUCGAAGGGCCACCUCAAAUGUGAGGGCUCCGCGGUGCAGUUGAAGACCGAGUACGGAGGUGGAUACCGAGUCCAUGCACCCAUCAAUGCGCCGGCACUCGCUGGAGUUUCGAUGAAGAGGUUCUACGAUGCGACCAUCUACAAUAUUCCCACCCCGACGGAGGCUAGUCGUGUCAUCGAGGCUCUCGAGACGAACGGUGUGUCGGAUUACUACGUCCAGGGCCCUACUAUCGAGGACGUGUUCCUCUCCGUGGCCGACGAGAGUAUCGCCAACAGAUCCGAGAACACUGGCGAGCGCGAGAAGCUCGGCGUCAGUGAGACCGCCGACCAGAUCUCUUCAACCGGCAACUCGGACACGGAAGAGAAGAAGGGCGUUUCGCUCCACAACGGACGGCAUCUCGGAAUCUUCCAGCAGACUUGGGUCUUGAUCCGGAAGCGGAUUACUAUUUUGCAGCGGAACUACCUUGCUCAGAUCGCGGCCAUUGCCAUUCCCAUCAUUGCUGCCGGCAUCACGAAGCUCACCUUCAAAUCGUUUCCCGGUGUCUCGUGUAAUACAGCUACGCAGGUCUCGCUUUCGGACGUGGAGAAUCUGACGCUUAGCAUCGAUUUUGACAUGCUUCUUGGACCUAGAAGUAUUCUGUCCAGCUUGGUGGAAUUCGCGGAUAUCUUGUUGCCCUCUGGGACUGGAGGGAGUGGGGCUACCAAUAUGAUCGCGAAUCUGACGAACUCGUUGGCUUUCGCCAACACUCUUCCCGCCUUCAACGACUACAUCCGCCACAACUACAAGAACGUCACACCGGGAGGCCUCUUUCUGGAGGGAAAAACCGCCACCUACGCCUACCAGGGAGAUAAGAGUAUGUCCCUGCGAGGCGCAAUGAUGUUCCAGAACGUUGUCGACAACAUCGUGUUCAACGUCACAGGCGGCAUCUCGGCAACCUACCUUCCGUUCGAUUACAUCUGGCCGAAAGGACAGGGAGAUACCAUGAUCUUUGUUGCCUACGCCGGUCUUGCGUUCUCUGCUUUCCCGGCUUUCUUUGCCCUCUACCCCACGGUGGAGAGGAUCAAGAAUGUCAGGGCUCUACAUUUCUCUAACGGUGUCCGCGCUCUGCCACUGUGGCUCGCAUACGCCCUCUUCGAUUUCGCUUCGGUACUCAUAAUUUCGGUGAUCUGUACGGGAAUCUUUGCUGCGGCUACCGAUGGAUGGUACAACCUCGGGUAUCUCUUCGUUGUCGUGCUGCUUUACGGCGUCGCAUCGACGGUGUUGGUCUAUUGCAUCUCGCUCAUCACCAAGAGUCAACUGUCGGCAUUCGCCUUCGCAGCUGGAGGACAGGCUGUCUUUUUCUUGGUGUACCUGAUCACCUACCUGAGCAUCUACACCUUUGUGGAGCCGAUCGAUCUGGAUCAUGCGCUCGACGUGACUAACUACGUUUUCUGUGCGUUAUCGCCCAUAGCAUGUCUCACACACGCCUUCUUCGUGGCUCUCAACAGUUUCUCGAUCAGCUGCGAGGGCGAAUCCCUCAUUUCCUACCCGGGAACCAUGAGGCUGUACGGAAGCUCCAUCUUGUUCUUAUGUCUCCAGAUGAUCGUCCUGUUUGCUAUCCUGGUGCUCCACGAUUCUGGAAAGCUGCGCAUCAACUUUGGGUUCCUCCACAGAAGCAGCAAGCCAACCGCGCCCCGAGAUGCGGAGGAUAACACGUUCUCUGAGAAGGACAUUUCGGACGAGUUGCAACGGGUGGACUCUUCGAACGAUGGGCUGAGAGUGAUGCACCUCUCCAAGAAGUUCAAGAAGUUCCAGGCCGUCGACGACGUGACGUUCGGCGUUCCCCGCGGCGAAGUGUUUGCCCUGCUGGGCCCUAACGGAGCGGGAAAGACCACGACCAUCAACAUGAUCCGCGGCGAGCUCCCCGCCACCUCUGGAGAGAUAUUCGUCCAGAACAUUCUCGUGAACAAGAACCGCGCCGCUGCACGUCAGCACCUCGGGGUCUGCCCGCAGUUCGACGCGAUGGACCGCAUGACGGUCACGGAACACUUGGUGUUUUACGCUAGGAUCAGAGGUGUCGAGAAUGUGGAUUACAACGUGGAUGAGGUUAUCCGUGCAGUCGGCUUGGAUGAUUUUCGCUAUAGGAUCGCGGAGAAGCUCAGUGGUGGUAACAAGCGGAAGCUCAGUCUGGCCAUCGCAUUGAUGGGGAAUCCGGCCGUGUUGCUGCUCGACGAGCCGUCUUCGGGAAUGGAUGCUGCUGCAAAGAGAGUGAUGUGGCGCACGCUCGAAUCCGUCGUCCCGGGGCGCUCGCUGGUGCUCACCACGCACAGCAUGGAAGAGUGCAGUGCUCUCGCAGGUCGCGCCGGAAUCCUUGCGAAGCGCAUGCUUGCCCUCGGCACCACCGAGCAGCUGCGUCGUCGCUACGGCGACAAGUACCUUGUGCACAUUGUCCUCGCCAGUGCGCCGCACUCCACAGAGGCGGAAAUGAACACAGUCAACAGCUGGAUCUCGUCAUCGUUCCCCGGUGCCGAGCUGGAGCCGCGGAGCUUCGGCGGGCAGGUGCGGUUCUCGAUUCCGGCGAGUGAGGGCGGCGGCGUCGCUGCCGUCUUUAAGAGGCUCGAGAGUCAGGGCCCCCAGCGCGGGUGUAAGUUCUGGAGUGUCGAUAGGGGGACCAUGGAUAUGGUGUUCUUGGAGGUCGUGGGCAGAGCACAGGUCCAGGAAGAGGGCUACGAUGAGGAUGUCAAGAAGAAGAUGUGGAAGAAAGUUGCUAUGGCGGUUUUUGCACCGUGGAUGUUUUUGAUUCGGUAGUGAUGCGAGGGGGACGGGGGGGGAGG